AUGCACGCAAACGAGCACCGUGGUCCGGCUACCGUGCGGCGCGGGAGCGAGUCUCAGGAUGGAAAGCUGAGCUCGGAGCAGCAGAACACGAUACACGAGUGGGAGCUCAAGCACGGCGUAGUGCCUCUUGACGCAGCACACCCGCACCACGCUGUCGAGGAGAGUCGCGGAGUCACCGUACCGACUGAGAAACGUGGACCGGCUGGGCCGCGACGCGGUAGCAUGGCGGAGACAGUCCCGCUAAGCCCAACGCAAGUCGCCACAAUGGACGAGUGGGACCUCAAACACGGCAUCGUGAUGAUUGAGGAGACUCGUGUAGCAAUGACAAUGGAGGUGGACUAG